GCAGCCUAUCAAGUGUGGACAAACAAUUCGAUUAAUGCACUUACAAACUCGAAGAAAUUUACAUAGUCAUCAUUUUCAGUCACCAUUAUCACAUAAUCUAGAAGUGAGUGCCUUUGGUGAAGAUGGUGAUGGCGAUGAGGGUACCCCGUUUGAGCGUCAAGGAGAUAAUUGGUCUAUAGUUUGUUCUGGAAAAUACUGGAACAGAAAAGAUAAAGUGAGGAUAAAGAACGUUGUUACAGAAUAUUACCUACAUGUGACAGGUGAUACUUACGGUCGUCCAAUCAAAAACCAGCGUGAGGUUUGCGGAUACUCUUCACCAAAUGAGUUAAACUACUGGCAAGCGAUGGAAGGAGUUUUUGUCACGCCCUCGGAGGACCCUCAAGGGACGUUCAGGGGAGAUUUGAAUGCUCAUCAACAUGCACAUACAGAAUUAUGAUCUAUUUUUAGACACUCUAGGAUUUUAAUUUAAUUUUUCUUUUUUCCAAAAAUAUUGUCUCCUAUUUUUCUUCUCUUGAACAAGUUUUCUUAGCAAGAUAUUGUGUGUUUACAUUUUUUAAAUGUUUAGUGGCAAUUACUUGAGUUGAAAAAUGAUUCAUUGUUGUAAUAAUUCAAGAUUUUGUCUGUUUCAUUAUUAUUUCUUUAUCUUAUUUUCAUCUAACAUUGUUUACUCUAAAAAAAAACAAUGAUUCAACUUAACAUUUGGAUAUAUGUAUAUAUGAGUCAUAAAAUUUUGUGACAAGUCCAUUUAAGAAAUUAAGUAGGAUAAGGAUUGGAAAAUUAUAAGUAUUCAUGCAAUUGUAUGAUACUAUUUUUAGAU